UUUCCGUCGGAAUCUGAAUUUUCUCCGGCGACAUGGCUUCAAAUCUUCCUAUGAGCCCUCAAUUAGAGCAGAUCCAUGGCGAAAUCCGUGACCAUUUCCGAGCCCUCGCGAAUGGUUUCCAGAGGUUGGAUAAGAUCAAGGAUACAACUAGACAAAGCAAACAACUUGAAGAACUUACUGAGAAGAUGAGAGAAUGUAAAAGGUUGGUCAAGGAGUUCGACCGAGAACUGAAGGAUGAGGAAGGUAGAAAUUCUCCUGAAGUAAAUAAGCAAUUGAACGAUGAGAAACAAUCUAUGAUCAAGGAGCUCAAUUCUUACGUUGCACUAAGAAAAACGUAUAUGAGUACCCUUGGAAACAAGAAAGUUGAACUUUUUGAUAUGGGAGCCGGAGUUAGUGGCGAACCUACAGCUGAGGAAAAUGUUCAAGUGGCUUCAUCCAUGUCAAACCAGGAGCUUGUUGAUGCUGGAAUGAAAAGAAUGGAUGAGACUGAUCAGGCCAUUGAGCGCUCAAAACAGGUUGUAGAACAAACACUCGAAGUUGGAACUCAAACUGCAGCUAAUUUAAAGGGACAGACGGAUCAAAUGGGACGCGUUGUUAACCACUUGGACACUAUUCAAUUCUCAAUUAAGAAGGCCUCUCAGCUGGUGAAAGAGAUAGGGAGACAGGUGGCUACCGAUAAAUGCAUAAUGGGGUUCCUGUUUCUCAUUGUAUGUGGUGUAGUAGCCAUUAUCAUAGUGAAGAUUGUGAAUCCGAAUAACAAAGACAUUAGGGACAUCCCAGGAUUAGCUCCUCCAGCGCAAUCGAGGAAACUAUUGUACCUGAGGAAUCAAGACUACAUGUGAGGAUAUAAAUCUCUAAUUGUAUAUUUAUUCACGAGGAAUGAGGAAAUUGCAUCUUGAGAAAGUUUCAGGACACAGCUGGAAUUUCCAUUUCUGUAACUUGGUAAAAACGAAGAACGUGAUGAAGAGUACUAAUACAUUUCUGACAUUGAGUGUUUAUGAAACUAUUGUAACCUCCAUUCCUUUAUAUACUCGUCUUGUUUCACCUUUCUAUUACUAGAGAAUAAGAAUUUUACCUUUGC